AUGACGAUAGCGAGGCAGGUAAUGAGCAUGCUGGUCAGAAGAAGAAGCGGCAUGUACGGUUGUAGAGGGGGAAGAAGAGGAAAUUUGUCAACAUUCGUUCAUUGCAUCCAGAUUUACAACUCGGUAUCGAAAGCAUCAAGCAGGCCAUCGCUCAAGAAACUCAUAAAACGGACUGUAUACACGGACCACGUCGCACUCCUCGUCGAGAGAAAAGAAAUACUUCUCAACGAAUUCGCCGAAUUGGCAUGGCUUGGCUUCGCAAAGGCCGAAGAAGAAUUCGAAUGGGAACGAAGUGUUGUAGCAUGGGCAAGCGAAGCUACCUGUCAGUGCAUGGCGCCCCUGUGGUGUUGUUGA